AUGUUUUCUUCGAUUUUUUCAAGCCAAAAUAAAAUAUAUUACUUAUUGAGCAAUGUAAACAAUUUAUUUUUAAAAUAUGCUCAAGUAAGGAAUCAUAAAAUUAUUAAGCCAAGGAAUAUUAUUAAGGUAUGGAAAAUAAAACCAGGAGAUGAAGUGAAAGUAAUAUCAGGAAAAGAUAAAGGGAAAAUAGGCGAAGUAUUAAGUUGUGAUAAAUUUCGGAAUAUGGUUAAAGUAAAAGGGUGUAAUUUAAGGAAAAUAUUUCUUGAUAAUAAAUAUGUUUAUAUUGAAAAAAAAAUACACUAUUCAAAUGUUCAGCUAAUAGAUAGCUUUUUAAAAACAAAUACAAAAGUUUCUAUUAGAUAUACUGAUGAUAAUCAAAUAAUAAGAAUAUCAAAAAAAUCAGGAAUUGUUAUACCAUGGCCUAUUGAUAAAAAGGUAGAAUCUGAAUAUGACCAGGCAGACGAAAAUCCCUUAGACACCCCCCCAGAGGAGGCUUUGAAGAAAACAUAUGACUAUAAAACUGAUGUAAAAUUUAUGAACAUGUUAAGGCAAACAGUUAAUAAAUACAAUAGAGAGUUAUCAUAG